CCGGCAAAUAAAUCGCCAUCUUUCUUUCUUUCGUUUUGAGUGGAACAGCACGGGUGUGUGGUUGUUGCAACCAAGUUUUUAAAAUGACUGAAACAUUGAAGUUGAGAGGCACCCUUUGCGGUCACAAUGGCUGGGUUACACAGAUUGCGACAAACCCCAAAUAUCCUGACAUGAUUUUGUCUUCAUCCCGAGACAAAACUCUGAUCGUAUGGAAAUUGACCAGGGACGAAACUAACUACGGUGUUCCCCAAAAGCGUCUGUACGGUCAUUCCCACUUCAUUUCGGACGUCGUGCUAUCUAGUGAUGGCAACUACGCUCUCUCAGGAUCUUGGGACAAGACCCUGCGCCUUUGGGAUCUUGCUGCAGGAAAAACCACCAGGCGUUUCGAAGAUCAUACUAAGGAUGUCCUAUCCGUUGCAUUCUCCGUGGACAACCGUCAAAUCGUCUCUGGCUCCAGGGACAAGACCAUCAAGUUGUGGAAUACCCUGGCAGAGUGCAAGUACACCAUCCAGGAUGACGGCCACUCUGAUUGGGUCUCUUGUGUUAGAUUCUCUCCUAACCAUGCCAACCCCAUCAUUGUUUCUGCAGGAUGGGACCGCACAGUCAAGGUAUGGCACUUGACCAACUGCAAGUUGAAGAUCAACCACCUUGGCCACUCUGGCUACCUGAACACAGUAACUGUUUCCCCUGAUGGCUCGCUGUGCGCGUCCGGCGGCAAGGACAUGAAGGCUAUGUUGUGGGACCUCAAUGAUGGCAAGCACCUACAUACCUUGGACCACAAUGACAUCAUCACAGCUUUGUGCUUCUCGCCUAACAGAUAUUGGCUGUGUGCUGCGUUUGGACCUUCCAUUAAGAUUUGGGACUUGGAAAGCAAGGAGAUGGUUGAAGAGCUCCGGCCUGAAAUCAUCAACCAAACACAGACAUCCAAGUCAGACCCGCCCCAGUGCCUCUCACUCGCGUGGUCCACUGAUGGUCAGACCCUCUUCGCAGGCUACUCAGACAACAUCAUCAGAGUCUGGCAGGUUUCCGUCUCUGCGCGAUAAGGAGAAGCCCAAGACAAGAUUUCAUUUAUUUUUAUUUUUGUGCUAGCAAAAGAGGAUAAAAAUAAAUGAAAUUGUAUACCUGA